GUUGGAAAUUCACACAUUUUUCGACUUUGUUAACAGAGAAGCCCAAUUUUUCAUCGGCAUAUUUCAUCCUUGCCAUUCCAAUUCGGUUGUCAAUGUGAAAAAACACGUGAAAAAUGCCGGGAAUUGUCGAGGCAAACGUCGAUGAUGCGUCAAGCGUUGUGCGGCCGAACAUAGACAAAUAUGAAAGUAUGGAUGAGGUGCGGCUGAGAGACAUUGCCUACCAGUAUCUUUGCCAUCUGGAAGAAUCCAAGAAGUGGCUUGAGUCUGUUUUGCAAAUAUCCCUCCCACCAUCAACAGAACUCGAAGAAAAUCUGCGAAAUGGUGUUGUGUUGGCGAAACUUGGCCAUCUGAUAGCUCCAGAGGUUGUGUCCUUCAACAAAAUUUACGAUUCAGACCAAUCUCGCUAUGAGAGAUUCGGCCUGCAGUUCCGUCACACGGACAACAUCAACAAAUGGAUCGCCUCCCUAACAGCGGUUAAGUUGCCGAAAACGUUUUUCCCUGAAACAACAGAUGUGUAUGACAAGAAAAAUAUGCCGAGGGUAAUUUAUUGCAUCCAUGCUCUUUCGACUCACCUCUUCCGCCUUGGAAAAACUCCAGCUAUGAGCGAUAUGUAUGGAAAAGUUGUGUUCACUGAUGAUGAAAUCAACCUGAUGAAGCAGGAACUCAUCAAGGUUGGAGUUCAAAUGCCUCUCUUCCAAAAAAUUGGUGGCCUCCUUUCAAAUGAAAUUCCAGUCGAUAAAGUGGCGUUGCAUGCAGCAAUUAUCGCCAUUAAUGAAGCCCUCGACAAAGAAUGCCCUGAAGCAGUCCUGACGGCACUGAAACUCCCCGCAGCCAGACUGAAUUCCAUCGAGGACAAUAACAUCAUCAGGUAUUGGCAUACCAUGUCCAGUGCUAAGCAAGCUAAAAUCGAAGCAGCGCACAACAAGUCGCUGAGCGACAGCUACACCGCUGAUGCCUACGAUGAGCUCCUCACGCAGGCUGAGAUCCAGGGUUUCAUCAAUACUCAAAAUGUUGCUGUGGCAUGGAUUGCCGUGAUGAAAGCAGUUGAGGAGAAAGACGAAGCGGCGCUUUUUGCAGCUCUGCGGGCAGACCCUCUAUCGCUGAAAGCUGUGGAAGAAAACUGCGUCAGCAGUUACAUGGAGGAGCUGCGGCAGCAGGUGGAGAACAACAGCAUUCAAGAGCUGCCGCCAGACGUCCUCCGCUCUCGCCAGGUUUUGCAGAACGUGAUCACGGCUGGCAACAACAUAGCACUGCAAGAGGCUAUCAGCUUGUCCGGCAUGUGGCGGAUCAACAAGGCGUUGAGAGUAGGCAGCCACGCAGACACUCUAAGGGAGUUGCAGAAUCCGGAGCUUGCCAUGAGAAAUGUUUUACCUGAAGCGGCUUGUCUCUAUCACGAAGAAAUGAAAAAUGAUCGAAGUGACUUAAACCGCGAUUUAACCAUGAAAGAAAUCCAAGGCUGUGUUGAUCUGCUUAGCAAAAUUGCUCAAGUCACGCUCGCUGUGGACAAGAACAAUACUACCGAAAUGUGGAAUGCCUUGAAGGACCUUGGAGACAUUUUUAGUCUGGAUGAAUAUUUUAUCGACGAAUAUUGGAACAAACUUUAUGAACUAAGGCAGAAGAAAUUGAUGGAGAGAGCCAGUUGUCCUAUUUUGACAUUUUUCGACAUAGACGACUGCGUCAACAAGGUUCAUCAAAAGAUUGACAUGCAAAAUCAAUUGGUGGCUGCCUUGCAAAAGCUGAACCGCGCCGUGAGAAAGACCAACCAGCAUGAGGUUUACGGCGCCCUGAAACUUCUCAGCUCUGAAAUUGGCAUCCCAGCUGAAGAAAAGAACUCAAGGCUCUAUUUGCGAAUAUUGCAAGCAGCCUCGGAGGAGGAAAACAGAGAAACGUCGGAACUGUGGCUGUCAGACGCUUCCAUGGCAAUGAAGACAGCCGCCUCGGAGUCGAAGGAAGCUGAAUUCGCCUGCGUCUCGCUGAUAAAAAUCCACCUGGCCAUGAAAGAGCGCGACGAAAAAGGCCUGAUCAGUGCACUCCAGAGUGCCCCUUUCCGUCAAAACCUGAAAAUCUUUGCCGAGUACUCAAAGGAAUACAUGACGUUCUUUAUCAACUGUUACAAACAGAAGGUGGCUAAAAAGUACACCAGUCCAUGCGUUGUGUACGUCACCAGAAAGAACCACAAGGCCUACAUCAACUUGACGAGCAAUCGCUUCGACUGGAAUCCACCAGAAAGUUUGGAGAAUUCUCCGUAUUUGUCGCCAAAAGAAAUUGGGAAACUGGUCGAAAUGCUGAACAACGAAUUGUCUGCACCAUCAGAUUACGAGUCCGAAAAGUCGAUCAGCCCAGACCUUUUCCAAGCGCACCUUACUAAGAGUAUAGUGCAGAUUCAGAGGUGGUGGCGUGCAGUUUUGGGAAAGCGAUUUUUGCAACAACGAAUCGCAGCCAAGCGUAGAAAACCUGUGGAGCCUGACUUGACCUUCUACAAAAGACAUGAGAGGAAAAUUGUGCUCAUCCAGUCUGCCUGGCGCGGGCACCAGACAAGGAAGAUGUUCCUGCAGCUUGUGCACAAGCCAAAUCCCUCAUUGAGCAUCGUGCGUCGUUUCGUCUCUGUCCUCGCACCAAAUGACAAGGAGUUCCACAAGGAAAAUGAGAUCCAGCUGCUCAAAGCUAAGAUCGCCAAGGCUGUCAGACACAACCAAACCCUUUCCCACCAGCUUGAGGACAUGGAUGUCAAGAUUGGUCUGCUUGUCCAAAACAGAAUCUCGCUGCAUGAUGUGCAAGCGCAUCAUUCUCAAAUGAACGAUUUGGCUGGCGGUCCGAGGGCGACCCUGUCGGAGCAAAACUCGGCGGGAGGCAGCAGCAACACCCUGUGCGGCAAAGGACUCAAGUCCCUGACCAAGGAGGGUCGCCACCUUCUGGAGGGCUACCAGAAUCUCUUCUAUCUGCUGCAGACCAGACCACACUACCUGUCCAAACUGCUCUUUUGUUUGCCGCACAGCAAGUCGAUGCAUUUCUUGCAAGACGUGAUUUUCUCCCUUUUCAACUUUGGUUCGAGCAAGAGAGACGAGUACCUGCUGCUAAAAUUGCUGAAGACUGCUCUCGAGGAGGAAAUAAGGUGCAAGUUCAAGGAGCCCAUCGACAUUCUGAAAGUGUAUCCCCAAGUGCUGAAGAUUGCAGUCAACUUCUCCAGGCAGCACUCAGGGCAAAACGCUCUCAGGGAGAUUCUAGGGUGUCUUGUGCAGAGAGUGGUUUCUGACAAAAAUACAAUUUUCGAGACAAAUCCUAUCGAAAUAUACAACAACUGGAUCAACAAAAUGGAAAUGACCACUGGCACAGCCAGUGAGAUGCCCCGCAAUGUUACCGCUGCUGAGGCCUUGUCUCACGAAGAGGUGCGAAGCCGCCUUCAGAAAGGAAUAAGUUGCCUUCAAGAGAUGGUUGGCCUCUUCCUCGAGCGCAUUUGCUCCUCUCGCGAGCAGCUGCCCUACAGUCUUCUACACACCGCCCGCACCCUGCACAACACCCUGGCUGAGCGGUUCCCUGGUUUUCCUGAAAAAGACCUUCUAAAGGUGAUUGGAAAUGUUGUGUACUACCACUUCAUCAACGCCGCAAUCGUUGCUCCCGACGCGUACGACGUGGUGACUUUGCCGGCAGACAAGACCCUCACUUCGGAUCAGAGGAGCAAUCUGGCCAGCAUCGCCAAGAUUCUUCAGUAUGCUGCUUCCAAGAAAGGCUUUGGCGACGAGUCGUCCCACCUGAAGGUCCUCAAUCCCUUCAUCAUUCAAUGCCACGAGAAGUUUAAACGCUUCCUUACUUUGUGCUGCCAAGUGGAAGACUUGGAGGAGCAUUUUGGCGUGCACGCGUACUCCGAAGCGACCAUGAUUGUCAAGCCCACCAUCCUGAUCUCGCUGCAGGAGCUGUGGGAUACCCACCAGCUAGUGCUGCAGUACGAGGACGACAUCGCGCCCAAACACUCUGACCCGCUGCACACCAUCCUCGAAGGUCUAGGCCCGUUGACUGCGGUCAGAAAAUUACUAGGAGGCACCUCCACAGAUUCACUGCUGCCAAAGGGAGACAUCAACCUAACGCUGUCCAACAGCAAACUGGAAAUUCUCACGGAUCAAUUUUCAAUGGACAAGGGUGACACAAACCAAAGCCAGCUGUUCAUCAUUGCUAAGGAACUGCUGGUGGCACUGUUGCCGUUCUUGUCGGGUGCCAACCUCAGCGAGGCUCUCAACGCCGAGGAGCUGCCUGGACAAAAUGAACAGUUCCUGGAUCAACAGAAGUCUUCAACCUCACAGCAGAACUCGAGCAACAAUUCCCACCUGCACCUGAGCAAAAGGCGCUUGCAACUUUGGCUCGGGAAGCUGGAGCAGCAGGGCUUGGUCUCGUCAAAAAAUCAUUUCCAAGAUAUGCUGACUGCCGUGGCCAAGGACAUCGUCAACAGGGGCCAGUACUGCCAAGCCAGGCGCAAGGAGCUGUCACUCUUGAAGACCGCCAUUCAGAGCCUCGAAGAAAAAACGCUUUGGUACCAGAAGCAAGUGGAAUUCUACAACAAGUACAUCGAAACGUGCCUCGCGAGCAUGGACAGCGGCAAAAGGAGGGUACACCAACUUCGGCUCUCGGGACAGCACCCUGGCAAGGCCAAGACGCAGAAGGUGCUCAAGUACACCGCGGCCCAGCUGCAUGCCAAGGGAGUGCUGCAGCAGAUGCAGGGCCUCACUCAAAGCCAGUUCAAGAGCGUGCAGUUCGAAAUCAGCGCCACAGAAUCGGUCGGCGUGUUCCACAUCAAGGGCUGCUUCAUGGGCAUUCCCAUGGACAGCGUCGAAAUCGACAUUCAGGACCUGCUGCAGCUGCAGUACGAAGGGCGUGCCAUCAUGGACAUGUUCGGCAAAGCCAAGGUCAACGUUAAUCUGCUGCUCUAUUUGUUGAACAAGAAGUUUUAUGGCAAAUACUGAAUGCCUGGUGGGUAGCUUGCUUACAAUUAGCUGUCUUUACAUUUUAAUUUAGCGAGAGUUCAUUUAGUCAAGACUUUUCUUUCACUUACUUCAAAUUGGCCCUGUUGUGAUCCUAACUUUCCUAUCUACUUUUGUUUCGUUAAAGGUUAUAUAUGUC